CAUUUCCGCAAACACUUCCACUUCCGCCGCCGCGCCGCCCGCCCCUUGCGCCACUUCCGCCCCGUGCCCUGCGGCCAAUGGGGGGCCGGGAGCGGUUUUGGCGCCGAAUGCGAAGCGGUGGCGGCGCCCCCUGGCGGCGGGGCGGCCCGCCAUGGCGGCCGUGCCGCUGAACAACCUGCGGGAGCAGCUGCGGCGGCACUCGGCCCGCGGGGCCCUGCGCGCCCCGGCGCCGCCGCCGCGGGGCCGCCCGCCGGGCUUCACCUUCAAGAAGGCGCCGCGGGGCCUGGCCGCGGUGCUGAGGGACAAGGACGUGAACGCCUCGCCGGCCCUGCCCGCCUCGGCUCCGCCGGCCCUCAAAGCGCCGCCGCGGGGCUGCGUUCCGCCCCGCAGCCCCGGCCCGCGGGCGGCCCCUGCAUCCCCCGCGGCGCCCGGCGCCGCUCCCGCCGGGAAGGCCGGCCCCGGCCCCGCCGCGGGCCCCGUUAUCACCGUCGGCGAUGAGUGGGAUGACAUCGACGACUUCGACCUGUCGGGAAUCGACAAGAAGUUCUCCCGGCCGCCCGUGGUGUCCCCCAAGGGGCCGCGAGCCCCCGGCAGCGGGCCCCCGCGGCCCGGCCCCCGCCCGGCCCCGCACGGCUCUCCCGGCGGCGGCGGCGGCGGCGGGGAGGCGGCGGAGGCCGAGCCGCGGCCCUGCUCGCAGCGCUCCGUCAUCUGCCUGGAGGACUCGGCUGCGGGGCCCGGCUGCGGGGAGCGGGCGGCUGAGCCCCCCCGGGAUGCGGCUUCCCCAGCUGCUGGUGCUGAAGGGGCUCGGGGCCAGGAGCCACAGAGGGCUGGGAACAGCUCCCCAGAACUGGAUGAGGCCCCCUGGCCGUGGGCAGGUGCUGAUCUCGAGGAGGAUGACCUGGACAUCAUCCCUCCCUCCCCCGAGGAGGAGCUGCCCCCCUUCUCCCCCUCUGCGCCGAGUGCCAGCAGUGUUUGCAGAGACUCUCCCACUGGAGGAAGGUGCACACCUGGCAGCUCCGAGGCCAGGCAGGAGAAGGUUCCCCCGACACAUCCCGGAGCUGAUCCCAGUGCAGGGGAUUCAGGUGAGGCCGUGCCUGUGGCCCCGCGGCUGUGGGGAGUCAUGGAGGCCAUCUGCGAGCUGGUGGAUGCCAUCCCCCUGCAGGAGCUGCAGGCCCUGCGCUGUGCCCGAGCCCUGCUGCAGCACAGGGACCUCAGGAGAAAACUGCUGGCUAAUUCUGCCGGUUUGAACCAGAACGGCAUGAACACCUCUGUUCCUAGAAGCUGGAAGUCUCCCAUGGAGCAGGGCCCUCGUGUGUGUCCUGGAGCAGGUUCUGGCCCAAGCUGGAGCUUCAGUUCUGACAGAAACUCCCCCAAAUCCACAAACCUGCCAUCGGUGCUUUCUGUUCACUCCAGCAGCUCCUCUGCCCAAAGCAGCCGAACCUUGGACAGCCCUUGUGCUUCAAAGCAGAGUGCUGAGGAGCUGGCCUGCCCGGGCACUGCGGAGCUGCCCGGUGCCAGGGGAGGUGGCAGGGAGGGAGCUUCCCUGGGGCUCAGCCCGCAGCCCUGCGACAGCAGCUGGGCCACCAGCCCGGGAGCGAGGAGCGGGGGCCAGCCCCUGACCAGCACAGCCCUGAAGGCCCGGGGCACAGCUCCCUCUGCAGGGAGCAGCCUGGGCACAGCCGAUCCCGACUGGGACCUGGAUGCCUUUGACAUCGAUGACCUGGAGGAGGAGGACUGGGAGAGCUCGGGGCCAGCCCCCCAGGCGCCGCCCACGCCGCUGUGCCGGCCUCGCCCGCAGGGACCUCCUGCCACAUCCCUCCUGUCCAAGAUCCUGUCCAGAGCCAAAGGGCCGCCUGUGGGAUCCAGUCCUGCUGCUCCAAAGCCAGGCCUCCCCAUGGCAACAAAGAACCAUCCAGAUCCAGUCGUUCAUAACCCUGCUCUGGAGCGUUUCAGGGGUAUGAAAUUUCCCCAUUCUGCAGAAAUGAUGAAUAUAUUCCACAAGAAGUUUGGACUGCACUGUUUCCGGACAAACCAGCUGGAGGCCAUCAAUGCUGCUCUGCUGGGGGAGGAUUGUUUCAUCCUCAUGCCCACAGGAGGUGGGAAGAGCCUGUGCUACCAGUUACCAGCCUGUGUCUCUGCCGGGGUCACCAUCGUUAUUUCUCCGCUGAGGUCGCUCAUCAUCGAUCAGGUGCAGAAGCUGAAGACUUUAGAUAUUGCUGCAACAUACCUGACUGGUGACAGAACAGACGCUGAUGCCUCAAAAAUCUACAUGCAGUUGUCAAAGAAAGAUCCCGUCAUAAAGCUGCUGUAUGUCACCCCUGAGAAGGUGUGUGCCAGCAGCCGCCUGAUGUCUGCCCUGGAGAACCUCUACGACAGGAAACUCCUGGCGCGUUUUGUCAUUGACGAGGCCCACUGUGUCAGCCAGUGGGGCCAUGACUUCCGACAGGACUACAAGCGGCUGAACACGCUGCGCAGGAAGUUCCGCUCCGUGCCCAUGAUGGCCCUGACUGCCACCGCCAACCCCCGCGUGCAGAAGGACAUCCUGAACCAGCUCGAGAUGCUCAAACCACAAGUGUUCACAAUGAGCUUCAACAGGCAUAACUUGAAAUAUGAUGUGUUGCCCAAGAAGCCAAAGAAGGUGGCGAUGGAUUGCUUGGAAUGGAUUAAAAAAUAUCACCCCCAUGACUCUGGGAUAAUCUAUUGCCUUUCCCGGCACGAGUGUGACACCACAGCAGCCAUCCUGCAGAAGGAGGGGCUGGCUGCCCUGGCCUACCACGCCGGCCUCACCGAUUCCAACAGGGAUCUUGUGCAGCAGAAGUGGGUUAAUCAGGAGGGAUGCCAGGUGAUAUGUGCGACAAUUGCCUUCGGGAUGGGCAUCGACAAGCCCGACGUGCGCUACGUCAUCCACGCCUCCCUUCCCAAGUCCAUCGAGGGUUACUACCAGGAGUCUGGCAGAGCUGGCAGGGAUGGAGAGACGUCCCACUGCCUGCUCUUCUACAGCUACAGUGAUGUGACCAGGCUGAGAAGGCUCAUCCUGAUGGAGAAGGAUGGGAACAGCCACACGAGGCAGACCCACUUCAACAACCUGUACAGCAUGGUGCACUACUGUGAGAACGUGGUCGAGUGCCGCCGCGUGCAGCUGCUCGCCUACUUCGGGGAGACCAACUUCAACCCCACCUUCUGCAAAGACCACCCAGAGGUGAUCUGUGACAACUGCAGUAGAAAGAAGGAUUAUAAAUCACGGGAUGUGACCGAGGACGUGAAGGGCAUCGUGCGGUUUGUGCGCGAGCACUGCGGCCGGGCGGGGCGGCUGAGCGGCAGCAGGAACCCAGGCUCUGGCAGGUACACCCUGAACAUGAUGGUGGACAUUUUCCUAGGUUCAACGAGUGCCAAGAUUCAGUCUGGAAUAUUUGGGAAAGGGGCUGCCUAUUCCAGGCACAAUGCUGAAAGGCUCUUUAGAAAACUGGUCCUGGACAAGAUCCUGGAUGAGGAUUUGUACAUCACAGCUAAUGACCAGGCAGUGGCAUAUGUCAUUCUGGGAGAGAGAGCUCAGGCUGUGCUGGAUGGGUCACUCCAGGUGGAGUUCCACGAGACAGAGAGUGCCAGUGCCAUCAGAAGGCAAAGGGCUUCCAUGGCAAAGAUGUCCCAGCGGGAAGAGCUGGUGAAACAGUGCCUCAGUGAACUUACAGACACCUGCAAAACCCUGGGCAAAGUCUUUGACGUGCAUUACUUCAAUAUUUUCAGUACUUCCACCCUAAAGAAAAUAGCAGAAACCUUGUCCUCAGACGUAGAGGUGUUGCUGCAGAUUGAUGGUGUCACAGAAGACAAACUGGAGAAAUACGGUGCAGAAAUAAUUAAAGUGAUGGAUAAGUACUCAGGAUACUCCAUCCCAGAAGAUGCAGCCUGCCCGGGCGGGGACACAGCCACGGGGAGCACGGGCUCUCUGGGCAGCGAUGGGGAAGCAGAGGAUGCAGGUACAACCUCCAGCUAUUUUGGCAAUAACACCAACCAGAGGAGGAAAAGGAAGCGGCCGCCGACCUCCAGGGACUCCAAGAGGAAAAAGACGAGUGGUGGUGGCAGCCAGCAGUUCCACCCCAGAGGUGGCUGCAGCAGGUACAGAAGGACCAAGAAGGUACCGAGUUCGAAGGCUCCAGCUUCCUCCGGUGCCAGCUCCGUGUCCUACUGUGUUGGUGGCACACAGGGAGCUGCUGGGAAGCUGGCCAUGAUGGCACUGCCCAAACCCAAAUCCAGGAGCUUCCUUCAGCCUUCGUAUUCCAUAUUUUAGCUGGGAAAUGCAAUUACUGGAUGAAUUUCCCAAAGAUGGAAUCGCUGGUUAUUAUUUUUUUGUUUCGUUUGCUGCUGUUGAAGCUUCUGGGACUUGUGUAUUUGUCGAGUACGAAAGCUCACAUUAAAUAAGUAUUUUUUAACUUGUCAGUUUA